GCGCACAGCGGCAUUAGCGACCGCCGGACCGCAGGAGAAACGCUCAAACCCCACAUCAAUGGCACUGUGACAAUGCAACGCAACCGGCUCCUGUGUACUAUCCUUCUCCUGAUAUCGCAGCGAUCAGGUUGGGCGGGUCCCCACAUCUUCCCAGCAGACCCCCAGCUGGUGGUGCCAGUCAACAGCCCCAUCGACCUGAGUUGCCAUGGUGACUCCACCCUCAGGUGGUUUCGGGAGGAUCGUCCCAACAAAAAGGUGAAAGGCGAGGGGCAGAAGGAUGGUGUCUCCUUCAUCCACAUCCCCAAAGCACUGGUGCAGCACAUGGGCCGAUACGUCUGCCAGAGUGAGCACACAGGAGAGACGAGCUCCAUCUAUGUGUUUGUGAAAGAUCCUGAGAACAUCUUCAAAAAGGUGGUGGUGCACAACAUCCUGGCGCAGACCGGCCACAGCAGCACCAUCCCCUGCCUGGUGACGGACCCGGGUGUGGCUGAGAUGCAGCUCGAGACCUGCAGAGGCAAUGCCCUGCCCUCAGGGCUGCAGUACAGCAUCAGUGUGGAACAAGGCGUGCUCAUCGCCAACACGCAGAAGGCCUUCGAGGGCUGCUACGUCUGCACGGGCAGACUGGGUGGGGCUCCGGUCAGGUCCAGUGACUUCACCCUCACCGUCCGACUGGCACCAGAUCAGCUGCCUGUAGUGAGUCUCUCAGAAACAGAGGUGAUUCUCAAGCGAGGCCAAGAGCUCAUGCUAACCUGCAGCACCACAAAUGUAAACGACGACUUUGAUUUGAUGUUGAUUUCACCAAAAGGCGUGCAGCCCUCAGUGAGGAAGUGGGACCGGAUUGUGACGGAGCCCUUCCACUAUGUGAAGACUACAGCCCUCCACAUCUCCUCUGUGAAGCUGGAAGAUUCUGGAAGCUACCUGUGCAAGGCCCAGAAUGAGCGAGGAUCCGCCAACAUUUCUGCCCAUGUGCAUGUCCGAGAGAGGGGUUUCAUUAACCUGACAGAGGCGGGGAACAGUACGGUGCGUGUGCGUGCAGGAGAGACCCUCUCCCUACGCCUGGCUCUGCGGGCCUACCCCAGACCCCACACUCUGUCCUGGGAGUACAUGGGCCACGCCCUGCAGAACACCUCCGACCACAUCAUCACCUCCCAGCACAUGGGCUACAGGUACGUCAGUGAGCUGAAGCUGGUGCGUCUCAAAGCCUCUGAGGGUGGAGUCUACACCUUCUCCGCCUCCAACACAGAUGCCUCUCUCAACCAGUCCUUCGCCGUGCACGUCAUCAGUAAACCGCAGAUCACUUCCCACACCGGCCCCGUGGACGGACAGGUGCGCUGCAUCGCUGAGGGAUACCCCACCCCCAAGAUCUCCUGGUACUACUGCGUCCAGCCCCACACCAGGUGCUCCCUGCUGCUGAACUCCACCCAGGAGCAGGGGGUCAGCACAGUGACUUUGUCCAGCCCCAGUUUCGGGAAAAGGGAGGUGGAGAGCCGUGUAAACGUCAGCAGAGGCCACUUCCACACACUGGAGUGCGUAGCCACAGUGGAGGGAGAGCAGGCCUACAUACUCUUCUCUAUUGGUGACCGUGCGGUCCAGCACCAACUCUUCAGCCCGCUGCUGAUUGGCUUUGUGUCAGCAGCUGCCAUGCUCACCAUAAUACUUCUGCUGCUCUUCUACAAGUACCUGCAGAAACCCAAGUACCAGAUCCAGUGGAAGGUGAUUGAGGGAAUCCAUGGCAACAAUUAUGUUUACAUUGACCCGGCCCAGCUCCCCUACGAUCAACAGUGGGAGUUUCCCCGAGACAAGCUGCGCUUCGGGAAGACUCUGGGCUCUGGAGCUUUCGGGAAGGUGGUAGAGGCCACCGCCUACGGCAUGUCCCAGGCCGACUCCGUCAUGACUGUCGCUGUCAAAAUGUUGAAACCCAGUGCUCAUGCCACAGAAAAGGAGGCCUUGAUGUCGGAACUGAAGGUGCUCAGUUAUCUGGGGCACCACAUGAACAUCGUCAACCUGCUGGGAGCAUGCACAGUGGGAGGCCCCACUCUGGUGAUCACAGAGUACUGCUGCUUUGGAGACCUGCUGAACUUCCUGAGGAGGAAGAGAGAGGUGUUCUUCUGCUCCAAGCCUGGGGAGGAUUGCUAUUACAGAAACGUGCAGCUGCAGAGGGGCAGCUCCAGUGAUGACAGCAGAAACGGAUACAUGACCAUGAAGCCCUCCGUCGCCAGCACCCCCCCACAGGGGUUUUCUGCCGAGAAGACACGAUUGACCCGAAAAGGAGGAUCCUAUGGUGAGAAAUGCACAGACAGUGACAUGCCCCAGGAAGACGGGCUGUCAUUGGACACCGAGGACCUGCUCAGCUUCUCCUAUCAGGUUGCCAAAGGCAUGGACUUCCUGGCCUCCAAAAACUGUAUCCACAGAGAUUUGGCUGCCAGGAACAUCCUCCUCACACAGGGACGUGUAGCUAAGAUCUGUGACUUCGGCCUGGCGCGGGACAUCACCACCGACUCCAACUACGUGGUUAAAGGCAAUGCACGACUUCCUGUGAAGUGGAUGUCACCGGAGAGCAUCUUUGAGUGUGUGUACACGCUGGAGAGUGACGUCUGGUCCUAUGGCAUCCUGCUGUGGGAGAUCUUCUCUCUGGGCAGUAGUCCUUAUCCAGGAGUGCCUGUGGACUCCAAGUUCUACAAGAUGAUAAAGGAAGGCUACAGGAUGAAUGAACCAGAGUUCGCACCUAUCGAGAUGUAUGAGAUCAUGAAGACCUGCUGGGAGACGGAUCCCCUCAGACGGCCUGGCUUUGGGAAGAUCGUGGAGAUAAUCGAGCAGCAGCUCUCAGACAGCACCAAACAUAUCUAUCUGAACUUCAGCAGCAGGUUUCCGGUGCGUGAGGAGCAGGUGAAUCCCCACUUCCUGCGCCUCGGUUCUGUGGGUAGCAGCACUGCCUCCACCCAGCCCCUCCUCCUGGCCAGCGACGACGUCUUCCAGGAGGAGCUGAUGCACCAGCGGGUGUAAGGUGCACCCCAAUCCCCUUGGGACACCCUGGAAGUGCCUGCCCACCUCCCCACCCCCGACCCCUGUC